CAAUUCAGAGAGCUCCCUGCUAGUUGAGCACAGAGGAUGUACCACAGUGUAUUCUGUGGACAAAUAAACAUGGAGAAGAUGAUAUACCAUUUUGUGAUUGUCAAAAAUAAGGAGAACCUACCACGGAUUUUCAUCUACCAGGUUUCAGUUAUUAUUUGACUCACUGAAGCUCAUCCCGGUGAAGGCUGUGGCAGUGCUUUUGUUCUGUAUGGACUAAAAAGACAACAGGGCAGAAAAAGAGAUUUUUUUCUGUGUAGGACGAAAGCGAGAUUCGCCUGGGAGAUGAAAUGGUUCGUUUCGGGUUGACACAGUAUGCGGCGCUGCGCCCGUAGAUCACCGGUCACCUGUUGAAGUUGCCCGAUGCGCGAUGAUCGACCCGAGCAGCACUUUAGUUAUUAACUGAUCCGUCCUCCGAUCUCUAUGAUGCGCUGCUCACCCGUUAUGUUGUAGGAUGAGCGCCGAUCUGGAGCGCGUUUCGCUCAACACAACGCUGAACUCGGCCGACUCGGGCGGCCGUGCGCUUUCGGUAAACGUCCGGAGGCUCCACAACGCUCUUAACCUUCUGCUCAGCGACCUGGAGAGAGAGCAGUUCAUCCACUGUCUCAAUGUGUACCACGCCAAGCGCAACGUCUUCGACCUGGUCCAAACUCUCAGAGUGAUUCUCAACACGGCCGGUAAACGACAGCUGCUGCCCAUGCUGCGCCUGGUCAUCCCCAGGUCCGACCAGCUGCUUUUCGACCAGUACACGUCCGAGGGACUCUACCUGAAGUCAGACACGCUCCCCAGCAACAGCAGCACUAAGGACUUUGAAGACGAGGGGCACACAACUCUGCAGAAUUAUGCAUGUCCCAUCAGUGAGCAGCCCCUCACCUCCGGCAGUACGGACGGUGUCAGCGCCGCUGAGGAGCUGUCUGUUCCCUUGGGAGAGGUGCGCAAAGUCACCCUGACGCGCUCCAGGAGCCAUGAGGGUCUGGGCUUCAGCAUCCGCGGGGGGUCUGAGCACGGCGUGGGGAUCUACGUGUCUUUAGUGGAGCCGGGCUCGUCGGCCGAAAGAGAAGGACUAAGGGUCGGGGACCAGAUAAUGACGGUGAACAACAUGAUGUUUGACAGAGUCACUCAUAUAGAGGCAGUAAAGGUGCUGAAGGGAUGUAAGAAACUGGCCAUUUCAGUGUGUUCCAUUGGUCCGCUCCCUGGAGGCUACAUCACCAACAACAUGUAUAGUUGGUUGGACCCUGAGGGCCGGAGCGUCUCCCCACCACCUGACAGCCAGGAGGACAGCCACAGGGAAGGACGUGGCCUGGAGGAGAGGACGGUAAACCUGAAUAUGGACAAUGGUCGCUCUCUAGGCCUCAUGAUCAGAGGUGGCGCUGAGUAUGGACUGGGGAUAUAUAUAACUGGAGUGGACCCUGGAUCUGCUGCAGAUGCUGGAGCACUAAAGGUGGGUGACCAGAUCCUGGAAGUAAAUGGUCAGAGCUUUCUCACCAUCUCCCACGAUGAGGCAGUUCACAUCCUUAAAACAGGACGUCACCUGCUGAUGAAGGUGUGGGAUGUGGGUCGUCUGCCUCAUGCACGCUUCGUGGCAGAUGAGACCAAAUGGAUCUCCAGUCAGGCCAUAGCUGAAACCAAUGCUACAGCUAACCCCAGUUCUGUCAUCAACCCCACUGUUAAUUCUGGCAUCAAUACAAGUGUCAAUCCUGGUAUCCACACUAGUGGCAGUGCCAGUGUCUGCAGUACAAGACCAUCCUCAGCAAAAGCUACACCUGUAUUAGCAAAGCCAGCAGGAUACAGAGGUCUGGGCCCACCAGGUGCUCAGAUGUCUCUGGAGCAGCAGGCCUACAUGCUGCUGACAGAACCAGAGAGGCAGACCAUGAUCUAUUACCUGCAGGAGUACCAGAAAGGACACAUAGGAGUGGAGGCACUGGUCAUGGCUCUAUUUGAGCUCUUUAACACACAUGCAAAGUUGUCCUUGUUGUCUGAGGUCAGGAGUCUGGUAGCUCCCCAGGACCUGGAAUUGUACGACAUGCUGGUGUUGCACCGUGAGAGGGAAGCCCACCAGGCUUGGCACGGAGGCCUGGGUGUGCUGCAUCCACAGGGCCACUUUAACCACUCCGACAAGGUGAUCCAUGAUGCAGUACACCCCGUUCCUGCUAUGACUGAUGGCUCUGUUGGCACCUGGACAGGAAAAGACCAGGAGGAGAACACCAAUGCCUUCCAAAAUAUUGCACCGGAUAAAAUACAGGCAUCGGCAGAAUCUCCUCGAUUCCUCAGGGCUGCCUCUCUCCAGGCUCAGAGCUGGCAGUGCAGUGACCAGGAAGUCAACCGGAAACCUUCAGUCCAGCAGAUGCCAAUUGGCCCCAGCCUGCUCUUUGCUGGUCCCACCCGGUUGUUUCAGGACUGCAUCCACAAGUCUCUAAAAUCCCUCCCCACCACCAACCACCCCUCACCAGCCUGUGUCCACCACACCUGCACUGGGGCCAGCCAUCACACUUCUCUUGAUGCACUCCAUCACACCUGCCAAAGUUCCCUUCACCUCUCUGACUCUGAACACCACAACCAUCCCCACUUUGCCUACCAUACUGCCCACCACAGUCAGCCCAGUUCAGGACACCACACCUGCCCUGUCAAGCUCCCUUGCAGAUCCAGCUCCAAUGAGAAGGCCUCCUACUUGUCAAAGUCUGCGUCCUGUUCCGUAGCGGCAUCUCCAAUACCAUCCCCUCAUCCAUCACCCCACCUCUCGCCAUGUCCCUCACCCUGCCCCUCUAUCCUUACACCUGCUGCUCCACCCUAUAUUCCUGUUCGGCCUUGCUCACCUGCCCUCACACAGAAAUUCAUCAUAACAGACAUGAACCGGCUAUCUGCAGAGUCCAGGCCACAGCAAAGAGGGGCCUCCCUGUCCCAGCUUUCAGACAGUGGCCAGACUCUGAGUGAAGACAGUGGAGUGGAUAUAGCCGAGGCAGGAGGCCUCAGCAAGGACUGCAGCCCUCGACCCAGCAAGCAUCAGCAGGUUCAUUUGGAACAGCCAGGGGCCCAUAUUCCUCUUCCAGGGGCCGUACAACAGGCUGGCACACCAUUCCCAGUGCCCACUGCUACCUUGGUGCGAGUGGUGAAAAAUGCGAACACCCUUGGCAUGGCUAUAGAGGGUGGAGCCAACACACGCCAACCUUUGCCACGCAUAGUCACCAUUCAGAAAGGAGGCUCAGCUCAUAACUGUGGUCAGCUGAAGGUGGGUCAGGUCCUCCUGGAGGUUGAUGGAAUUUCCCUGAGAGGUCGAGAGCACAAGGAUGCUGCCCACAUCAUAGCAGAGGCCUUCAAGAUCAAAGAGAAGGACUACAUUGACCUCUUGGUUGUUGAACCAGGACUCUAAUACAAAGACUUUGCACUUUAUUUGGCUUGGCUGAAGAAGACACUGUUAGACCACCAGAAGGAACCUUAUCAAAUCCACAUGAUGUUGCCCAAUAAUCAUGACCCUUUCAGGGAAAGAAUUGGUCAAAAAUAUGUAUUUGUUGAUUGAACUAUAAUUUAGAACAUUAGGACAUUAUAUCAAUAUUUGCCAUAACAGUCAUACAUGCAUCAAAUGCUAUUUGUGUCCUUGGUUGGUUUUCAAGGCCUGAAUAUUAUUGGAUGUUUUACGAGGAGGACCAGACAAAUAAUAUCAAAACAGACAAGUAUUUAACAGUCAGUUAAGUUAGUGUCCAAAGGUCUUGUAUUUCUUGUUUUUGAGACAAUAUUUUGGAAGGCAGAGCUACUCUGGAGGCACAUAUAGCACUUAAGAAACAAACUCCAUUAAUCAUAGCAAGAAUCAUAUAUUUUCCAUUUUCACUUAUAUUAGUGAGAAUAUUAUUGUACUCCCCAAGUUAGAGGCUCGACCUCAUGUGCUGAAAACAAGCAAACUGUUUAACCUGAUUAGUUACAACUUUUUAGCUUUGUCUAAUCACCUUACCACUCAUGUUGUCAUGCUUCUUUUGAUGUCACCACAUUCUGAGAUGUCUGCAAUAAAUUUGCUGCUAAUGUUAUAACUGUCAAAAGUAUAUAUACAUUUGUAAUAAACCUAAUUUUUUCUUAAAUCACAUCUACAAGCUAGAUGAUAAAAGAAAGUGUGCCUACUGUAUGUAUUUGUUAAAUUUCAUAAUCUAAGCCCUUUUCUGUUACUACUGUCUCUUUUUUUAAUUUUUUUUCACCGAACUUCAGUCAAAUGCUAAUUAGAUCAGAUAACUAUUUGUUUGGCUUUGCAAAUUUGAGGUUUUAUUACAAAACUAGAAAAUUU